AUGUCCGAAGAGGGUCAUAUUCCACCCACCCAAAGAGCCGCGCAGUCGCGAUGGCUCGACGCGUACCGCGCUUUAGAUCUCACCUUACCGCGCCCACUUCCCACCUCAAAAGACACGCCCCAAGUACGCGAUCAACUUGAUGCCGAGGUCCUUGAGCUUCAGGACGUGCUUUGUAUUGUCAAGGAGCGGCGCAACGAGCUCGCAUUGCCGUCGAUGCUUCCGCCGGAAAUCAUGGCGUACAUUUUCUCGAUUCUCGUUGCCGUCGACUCCAUGGUUCUGGAGAAGCCAUUAUUAAUGUUUGAAACGGGUUCGAAACCGACCAAGUCGUUAGGCUGGGUAUCCGUCUCGCACGUCUGUCGGCGGUGGCGUAACAUCUGCCUCAAUCAGUCUUCUCUCUGGACCCAUCUGUGCACGGACGGCCGCCAACCGUGGGACGUAUUUCUCGAACGCUCAAAAGUCGCGUCGCUCGUCAUUGAAGGUUGCUCUCAAUUCAAUCACGGCACCACGAUACUCGAACAUCGACACCGAAUACGAAAGUUGACGCUCUCUAAUAUGCAACCCCUGUACGCUCUACAGUUCGUCAGCGGCCUCGUUGGCCCGCUGUAUCGACUGGAGGUUCUCUCGCUGGCAUGUUCACCAACUGAUACGACAAUACUACCGUCCCUUCCCUCCGGGUUCUUGUCGACUAUGGCGCCGAAUCUGCGGGACCUGCGUCUGGUUGGCGUCCUUUUCCCUUGGGGAGAGGGAUCCAGAUUCGCCACACACUUGCGGCAGACACCUUCCCUGAAGAUGCUGGAACUAGUCAACGCGCUCCCCGACCACUCGUUAGAAGCGAAUGCCGGCGCUAUCGCCCUUCCUCACAUUGAAGUCCUCGACAUCGUGAAUGACAGCGACUCCUGCUGGCGUCUGUGGUCGUUGCUCCGUAUUCCAUCUACAGCAUCAAUAUCCAUCCAUGGCAAGCGAGCCUUGGCGCCCGCGCUCGAACAGUCCGUCGUGACGAGCCUCAGGGAACAGCUUCGGACCUCUCCCCUCAUACAUUACCGGAACUUGAUUGUCGAUAUCCCCGUGCAGGGUUCGCUUCGCUUUUCAGUGUCAGAUCCUCGUGGCCCGGAGUCAGCUUGGAAGAUCCACGUACCUAAGGGAGGUGAAGAUCGGGGUAUAGCAUUGCGUCUAUCUUGUGAUGACGCCGCGAAGAUGGCCAGACGACUGCUCGCCGAAGUCCACCUCAAAGACGUAGAAAACCUUGUGUACAAGGGAGGGGAAGAUUUCGGCGAUAGCCAAGUCUUUUACGACACGUUCCGUUCAGCGAGCGGAGUUACCACUCUAAGGCUGAUGGGCGACGGGGCGGGACACUGCGUGAUGGCAUUGAGACCUUCGUUUGCUCUAUCACCUCCGGAGACGACACUGGAACCUGUCGUUGAUUAUGUUCUCUUCCCGAAGUUGGACGCGCUGGCAUGCUCCGUCAUCAAUUUCGACGAAAACAUCUACGUCCCCGGCCUGCCUAUGAAUGUCCAUAUAGCUCUAGGUCGCGCGUUUAUCGAGCGUUCAGAGCUCUUCGGCAAGAAGCUGAAGACCUUAGACAUUGACUCCUGCGACGUAUUGGAUGAGUGGGUGGAUGAGUGGCGAGAACUUGUUGAUCAGGUCGACUGGGACGGGGAUGAAGGAGAGCUCGCUCAGCCGGACGAUGAGCAGAGCGACUAUGGAUACGGCGGGCCGUACGAUGAAUUCGAAUUCGAUGGGCCGUAUAUCGAUUCUGACUUUGAUGAUCCUUGGGAUAUGGGCAUGUUUUAG